CUCCAUUCAUCACUACCAAAUAUCCCUUCCUCCUUCUUCUUUCUAGAGCUUCGAUUCGAUUGAUCAAUAUUCAACAAUCAAAAUGGCACUCGAAGCUCACACUUCCCAAACCAGUACUAGUACAGCCGCCCCAUCUCCCUUCAACAAUUUAAGCCACACUUUUCUCGAGCCAUGGGUUAAAGGUAAGCGAUCAAAGCGUCCACGCAUCAUAGAUCACAACCAUCAACCCCCAACCGAAGAAGAAUAUCUAGCUCUCUGCCUCAUCAUGCUCGCACACGACACCUCCUCCUAUUCAAAACCCACUCCACCGCCGCCCAGAUCGCUCAUCGCCGCGUCCUACAAGUGCAGCGUUUGCGAUAAAACAUUUCCCUCUUACCAAGCCCUCGGCGGCCACAAAGCAAGUCACCGCAAACAAAUAUCUUCCCCUUCCGCCAACCACGACGAUCAAAAUCAAUCCUUAUCCACCACCACCACCACCAACUCAGACCCUUCACUUAUAAUAAGAAGAAUUCACGAAUGUUCAAUCUGUCACAAGUGUUUCCCAACCGGACAGGCUUUAGGUGGACACAAAAGAUGUCACUAUGAAGGAUCUGUCCGGAGCAGCGGCGGCGCCGCAAGCUCAUCAGAAGGUGCCGGAUCAAACUGCAGUCAACGAAUUGGUGGUUUUGGUUUGGAUCUGAAUCUGAAUCUUCCAGCGGCAGGAUUUGUGGAGGAGGAAGUGGAAAGUCCACAUCCAGCUAAGAAGCCUCGUUUCUUCAUCACAAUCAAACCCGCGAUUGCGAUUUCUCAAUAGAUAAUUAAUUUAUUAAUUGAUUUUUAGCAACAGUUUUUUGUGUGUGAUUAAAAUUAAUAUUUAUUUUCAUGUCGACACUAGCUUAGACUAGAUAUAUAGCUAAUUAAUUAUAUCAUGUUAUUUGCAAUAUUAAUAUUAGUGAAUUCAAUUGAUUGAUUAUAAAAUAAUAAUAUUCUUUUGCUUUA